AUGAGGUGCAUGCGCUCGUUUUCGGCCUCCUCAAGUAGGGCUUUGAUCCAACCUCCGCUGUGCUCGAAUUUCCGGAGGGACCUCAGGUGGAGGAGCAUGCCGCCAACCAUCCCAGGCACGGCCGCAACUGUCUCUAGGAGCAUUGCGUGGCAAAUGUGGCGUCUCUAUAAAAUACAUAACAACAGAACAUACCCUGAAACAAUUCCACCGCCAUGGAGAGCCAUCUUCACCGGCUAUAUUGGGCGGUGCCACCCCCCAAUAGCUGCUCACGACGGCCCGAUUGCUGCCCUGACUAGCGGUGUUUUCUUCGUCGGAGUUCGGCUUUGGUUCUUGGGCUCGUUCUUCGUGGCUAGCUACCUUACGACUCGUCGAGCUCCAAUACCUAACUCCGAGAAACUCGUUGCUAGCGAACUUGGGAAUGGAGUUUCGAAAAGUGCCGUUUGUAGUAAUGUUUGA